CGGCGGCCGCUCCCGCUGGUGCCGCCGCGGCCGCUGGAGUCAGGGCAGCGCUUCCCGUCGCGGCGGUGAGCUCCCACCAAACAUGUCGGCUCCCGCCGGGCCCCGGGGCGGCCCCGCUCCUCCUCAGCCUCCGCCGGCUCCUCAGCCCGAGAUGCCCGACCUCAGCCACCUCACGGAGGAAGAGCGGAAGAUCAUUCUGGCCGUCAUGGACCGCCAGAAGAAGGAAGAGGAGAAGGAGCAAUCCGUGCUCAAAAAAUUACAUCAGCAGUUUGAAAUGUAUAAGGAGCAAGUGAAGAAGAUGGGUGAAGAAUCACAACAGCAGCAGGAGCAGAAGGGUGAUGCCCCAACCUGUGGCAUCUGCCACAAAACAAAAUUUGCUGAUGGCUGUGGCCAUAACUGUUCAUAUUGCCAAACUAAAUUCUGUGCACGCUGUGGAGGAAGAGUGUCUUUACGGUCAAAUAAGGAGGACAAAGUGGUAAUGUGGGUAUGUAACUUGUGCCGAAAACAACAAGAAAUCCUCACAAAAUCAGGAGCCUGGUUUUAUAACAGUGGAUCAAAUGCACCACAGCAGCCUGACCAAGAAGGUGUUAGAGGUCUACGGAACGAGGAAGCACCUCAAGAGAAAAAAGCAAAGCUGCAGGAGCAUUCACAGUACCAAGGACCGUCAGGUGAUGUAUCCACACAAGUUUUGGACAAAAGCAGACCUCAAGGGCUCACAAGACAAGACUCAAUUAAGAAUGGUUCAGGAGUAAAGCAUCAAGUAACAAGUGAUACAACAUCAGACAGGAAAAGAAGCCCAUCAAUAUCAAGAGAACAGAACAGAAGAUACGACCAAAGGGACGAGAGAGACGAAUAUUCACAGUAUGCUACAUCAGACAGUGCGAUGCCCAGGUCACCAUCAGAUUAUUCAGAUAGGCGGUCACAGCGCGGGCCUCAGUUAUAUGAAGAACCUGAACUGGGUGAUUAUAGAGAUUCCAACAGAAGGAGUCGCAGGCGUUCCAAGGAGUAUCCGGUAGAAGAGGAAGAUGCACAAAACAGGGAAGAAUAUGAAAGGCAGCGGAGGGAAGAGGAAUACCAGGCACGAUACCGAAGUGAUCCUAAUUUGGCUCGUUAUCCUGUCAAGCCACAACCGUAUGAGGAACAAAUGCGUAUCCACGCUGAAGUGUCCCGAGCACGUCAUGAACGGAGACAUAGUGAUGUCUCAUUGGCAAAUACCGAGUUGGAAGAUUCUCGGAUGUCUAUGCUGAGGAUGGAACGACCGUCAAGACAAAGAUCAGUGUCUGAGCGCAGGGCUGCCAUGGAAAAUCAACGUUCAUACUCUAUGGAAAGAACUCGAGAGGCUCAGGGACCAAGUCCCAAUCGUCAGAGGACCACAAAUCAUAGUCCUCCUACACCUAGGAGGAGUCCGAUUCCUCUGGAAAGACCAGACAUGAGGCGCUCUGAUUCAUUACGGAAACAACACCAUUUGGAUCCCAACUCUGCUGUACGGAAAACAAAACGUGAAAAGAUGGAGACCAUGUUACGGAAUGAUUCACUCAGUUCAGACCAGUCUGAAUCUGUCAGACCUCCACCACCAAAGCCCCAUAAAACUAAAAAAGGAGGUAAAAUGCGCCAGGUUUCACUAAGUAGUUCAGAAGAAGAAUUGGCGUCCACUCCAGAGUACACAAGUUGUGAUGAUGUAGAGAUUGAAAGUGAAAGUGUUAGUGAAAAAGGGGACAGUCAAAGGGGAAAAAGAAAAACUAGUGAGCAGGCAGUUUUGUCGGAUUCUAACACCUUAUCCCAGAGGCAAAAGAAAAUGGUGUGCUUUGGUGGCCACUCUUUGGAAGAGGACUUGGAAUGGUCUGAGCCUCAGAUAAAAGACUCUGGGGUAGAUACGUGUAGUAGCACAACUCUAAACGAGGAACAUAGCCAUAGCGAGAAGCAUCCUGUAACUUGGCAACCAUCCAAAGACGGCGAUCGUCUCAUUGGUCGGAUUUUGUUAAAUAAGCGACUAAAAGAUGGCAGUGUGCCUAGAGACUCGGGAGCAAUGCUUGGAUUGAAGGUAGUAGGAGGAAAGAUGACUGAAUCAGGUCGACUCUGCGCAUUUAUCACCAAAGUUAAAAAAGGAAGCUUAGCUGAUACAGUGGGGCAUCUUAGACCAGGUGAUGAAGUAUUAGAAUGGAAUGGAAGGCUACUACAAGGAGCCACAUUUGAGGAGGUGUAUAACAUCAUUUUAGAAUCCAAACCUGAGCCACAAGUGGAGCUUGUUGUUUCAAGACCAAUAGGGGACAUUCCCAGAAUACCUGACAGCACACAUGCACAGCUGGAGUCCAGUUCUAGUUCAUUUGAAUCUCAAAAAAUGGACCGACCUUCUAUUUCAGUGACUUCUCCUAUGAGUCCUGGCAUGUUAAGGGAUGUUCCACAGUUCUUGUCUGGACAACUUUCAAGCCAAAGCCUUAGUAGAAGAACAACGCCUUUUGUUCCUAGGGUUCAGAUAAAACUGUGGUAUGACAAGGUUGGUCAUCAGUUAAUAGUGACAAUAUUGGGAGCAAAGGAUCUUCCUUCAAGGGAAGAUGGGAGGCCAAGGAAUCCUUAUGUUAAAAUUUACUUUCUUCCAGACAGAAGCGAUAAAAAUAAAAGAAGAACAAAAACAGUAAAGAAAACAUUGGAACCUAAGUGGAAUCAGACAUUCAUUUAUUCCCCAGUUCAUCGGAGAGAGUUUAGAGAACGAAUGUUAGAAAUUACUCUUUGGGACCAAGCACGAGUUCGAGAGGAAGAAAGUGAAUUUUUAGGAGAGAUUCUUAUCGAGUUAGAGACAGCAUUACUAGAUGAUGAACCUCACUGGUACAAACUUCAAACACAUGAUGUCUCUUCAUUGCCACUUCCCCAUCCCUCACCAUAUUUGCCACGCAGACAACUCCAUGGCGAGAGUCCCACACGGAGGUUACAAAAUAAAGGCUUAUAUUCAUAUAAUUCAGGGUCCAAAAGAAUCAGCGACAGUGAAGUGUCUGAUUAUGACUGUGAUGAUGGAAUUGGUGUUGUUUCAGAUUAUCGACAUAAUGGGAGAGAUCUUCAAAGUUCAACGUUAUCAGUGCCAGAACAAGUUAUGUCAUCUAAUCAUUGCUCGCGAUCAGGGUCCCCUCACCGUGGAGAUAGUAUAGGACGGACUAGAUCGUGGUCUCCCAGUGUCCCUCCCCCACAAAGUCGGAAUGUGGAUCAGGGACCACGAGGGACUCGAUCUACUCCUGCGCAUUACAAUACCCUGAACCGAAUGGAUAGACACCGUGUAAUAGAUGACCACUACUCCCCGGACAGAGAGAGGAGGACUAGGCAGGAGAGAAGAGUGCCUAAUUCAUAUUAUGACGACACAACCUAUACUCCUGAAAGGUGGUACAAUGGUGCAAGUUCAUGGGCAGAUCAUGUAGUCAAUGGUUCAGCUGAAAAUUACGGGAAUUGUGAAGCAGCAGAUAGACAGCCAUAUCAAAGAUCCAGAUCAACAGAGCAACGUCCUAUGCUAGAGCGGACCAGCUCCCGCUCCCGAUCCACAGAGCGUCCUGACUCAAACCUCAUCAGGUCGAUGCCUUCAUUAAUGACUGGAAGAUCUGCCCCUCCUUCACCUGCCUUACCGAGGUCACAUCCUCGAACUGGAUCUGUUCAGACAAGUCCAUCAAGUACUCCAGUAGUAGGGCGAAGGGGCAGGCAGUUGCCGCAGCUGCCACCAAAGGGGACGUUGGAGAGAAACAAUGGAGACAAGGAGAUAGAAUCUUAUGAAGAAGAAGCGGAAUCAUCAAGGAGAAGAAACUCAGAAGAAAAGAAAACAGAUCCAGAGAAUGGGGAUACAGGUGCAAUGGAUGUAGAAGAGAGGAAUCGCCAAAUGAAAAUGAGCAAGUACAAACAGGUAGCAGGAUCGGAUUCCAGGCUGGAACAAGAUUAUCAUUCUAAGUAUCGGUCAGGACGGGAUCCUCAGCGAGGCUCAGACAAUGUUUCCAAUAAGUCUUCAGACAGCGACGUCAGUGACGUCUCCGCUGUGUCACGGACAAGCAGCGCUUCACGUUUCAGCAGCACAAGCUACAUGUCCGUCCAGUCAGAGCGGCCAAGAGGAAACAAGAAAAUCAGAAGGACAAGGGAUAUGGAGGGAAAAAAAGAGGGAGGGCUGGAAGGGGAUGAACAAGAUGGAGUAUUUCCGGAGGAGGAAGAAAAAGAGGAGGAGGAGGAGGAGGAGAAAGCAAAGGAGCAAGAAAGUAAUGAAAAAGGGGAAGGGCAAGAGGUGUCAGAGAACUGUGAUAAGGAGGAAAUCAAAGGAUCAGGGCAGGAUGAAAAAGCUCAAGAAGACCAAGCUGAGGAAGGGAAAGAGGAUGACAGUGUCUUUACAUCCAAAAUGCAAAGCAGACAGAUGGGCGCCUCAGGAAAGAACAUGACUAAGAGCACCAGCAUCGGCGGGGAUAUGUACACACUGGAGAAGAAUGAUGGCAGCCAGUCGGACACUGCAGUGGGCACUGUUGGCGGUGGUGGCAAAAAGAGACGCUCCAGCAUCGGUGCAAAGAUGGUCGCCAUCGUGGGUCUCUCGCGAAAAAGCCGUAGCACGUCACAACUCAGCCAAACUGAAGCAGGGGGCAAGAAGCUGCGGAGCACCGUCCAGAGGAGCACUGAGACAGGGCUAGCCGUGGAGAUGAGGAACUGGAUGACCCGUCAGGCCAGCCGGGAGUCGACGGAUGGGAGCAUGAACAGUUACAGCUCUGAGGGAAAUUUGAUUUUCCCUGGUGUGAGGUUGGCUGCAGACAGCCAGUUCAGUGAUUUUCUGGAUGGACUUGGUCCUGCCCAGCUUGUAGGGCGACAGACUUUGGCAACACCAUCAAUGGGAGAUAUCCAAGUGGGAAUGAUGGACAAGAAAGGACAAUUGGAAGUAGAAAUAAUCCGAGCUCGUGGCCUUGUUGUAAAACCAGGUUCAAAGACACUGCCAGCACCAUAUGUAAAGGUGUAUCUAUUAGAAAAUGGAGUCUGCAUAGCCAAAAAGAAAACAAAGGUAGCAAGAAAAACGCUGGAACCGCUUUAUCAGCAACUUCUAUCAUUUGAAGAAAGUCCCCAAGGCAAAGUUUUACAGAUAAUUGUUUGGGGAGACUACGGACGUAUGGAUCACAAGUCCUUUAUGGGAGUGGCACAGAUACUUUUAGAUGAACUGGACCUGUCCAACAUGGUGAUUGGGUGGUUCAAACUCUUCCCUCCUUCUUCGCUAGUAGACCCAACUUUAGCUCCUCUGACUAGAAGAGCUUCCCAAUCAUCUCUUGAAAGUUCAACAGGACCUUCGUAUUCUCGCUCAUAGCAGCUGUGAAACUGUUGUCAUAGCAACCAGCGUUACAAAAAAAAUAAAAUUACAGGUCGCAAACCCUGGUAACACUGCAUGCUUAAUGUUGUGUCUUCUGAGCCUGUUUCUAGGGCUGCAACGCGAUCCUGUGUUCUCAAGGAAGUUGCACACAUUGUGCCCUACAGAAGGCCCUCAGGUGAAGGACUGAAGUCAUGAAGAACUGAUAGGUUUGGAGUUCAGGGACACUCAGUUUUGGUCCAAUCUGAAGCCAUGGACUAAACUAAAAGAAUCAAUCUGUUUCAUGCAACAAAAGUCCUUUUCAAUGGCAUAUCUGUUCUGUUGCUCCCGUUUCUUUAUUUAUCUGCCCUCCCCUCCUAAAGCUUGGUUAUGCCACAGAAAUGGAGUUACCCUCCCAUGAAGCCAUGUUACAAGUCCGUGGAUUAGGAGACAUUGGAAGAAAAGAAGAAUGUAAGGAUGCUGGAAAAGUCAACUGUUGUUUGAAACAGUUGCUUGAGAUCCCAAAACUCUUCAUACUGGAAAGGUUCAAGACUUAAAGCAGCGGGCUUCAUACCUCCAGCUAUAGAUACAGUGAAAACCCAGAUGUGAUGGACUCUGAAAAAUAAAAUUCUGUGGAUAUACUGUACUGUAUGAAAUUAAAGAAACUUUUUUGCAUGGACACAGAUUUAGCUGAACACUUAAAUUAUUUUCUUGGGGCUGCAACUUGCAAAAAAAAAAAAAGAAUAAAUCAGCCAUUUUCAACAAUUUAUAUUAUUUUUAAAAAUAAAUUUCACUAGUGCAUGGUUUUAAAGGGAAGAGAAUGCAACAGGGUGAUACAAAGACACACCACGUUUAUCAUUCUUUAAACCAGUCAUGGUCUGUAUUUUUGCAGACGUAUAUUAAAAAUAAAAAAUAAUUUCUAGCAAAUAUUUAAAAUUCUGUUUAUGUGACAAGAAAUAAGUGUAAUAUAUUAAAUUUAUUUAAAUGUAAAAGGUACAAGCCUUGUAAAGUUCAACAUAAUGUGCAAAUUGUACACUUCUUUUACCUCCUCCUUUCUCUAUCUCUCCUCCCAGUCUCCCUUCUUCCUUUUGCUCUUUUCCCCCUCUACCUCCCAGGAUGAUCAUCAUAUUCUGAAAUGGCUACCUUUUGACUUAUUACGCUCUUAUGCCCCAUAUUUGGUUCAGGGUUGCAGAUUGUUCUGCAUUUCUGAAUUAUUUGAGAAAAAUAUUGUUUAAGAACUUACUUUUUUUCAAGCAUGUUGAAAAGGAUUUUGCAACAUGGCUUGGGAGUACAUUAAUGUAAUUCAGCAUGUAUUUGAUAAAGAAGAUAUUUGAACUUUUUGCAAUUUAUUGUACAGUGCAUGGUAACUUAUUUUCAUUUUUUUCUCACCUUCAAAUUGAAUUCUACAGCAAAAUACUGGAAUCAUGUGGCCAUUGUAAGAUGUCUUCAAUAAAUUUGUUUUCAGCACCAGCAUCUUUCAUUCAAAGGUUGAACUAUCAUUUCUUGAAGGUUUUCGGAAAGAGGAAAAAUCAAGUACCUGGUUGAUUUUUAGGAAAUAAAUUUAAACACUUUUAUUUGCACUAAACCAAAUUAACUGCUACAUUUUUGAGAUUACAAAAGCAACAAAGGUUAAUAAUUCGUACAGUUCUUCUGCUGUAAAGUUCAAUUUUCAUAAACUACAUUUGUGUUGCAAAAGACAUAAGUAAUAUCAGUCUGAAAGAGUCAAAUCUUUGGUUCGUAAAAUAGCCUUAAAGAAAGCUUAUCAGUACCACUCCGACAGCUAUUUGACACCAUUACCAGAACCCUCUCUGCAGUCAAUGGAUCUUCAAACCCCUGGGUUUUGUAGCAGACAGUAACUACCGUUGGGUGGUGCUGCAAGUUCAAGCUUCUCAUUAAAUUGCAUUAUUUAAAGGGAAUGUAACUGGCUAACAUUCAAUAACAAAAUAUCCUUUUUUUCUGGGUCUUUGUAUGCCUUUAAUACCUAUUUAAGGUUUAAUAUUGAAACCUUGCAAUAAUUUUUGAAAUAUACAUUACAUUUACCUUUAAGGCCACACACAAUUAUUCUGAUUUUAUUUGAAAAUCUAUUAAAGUUUCCCAUUAAGAAAUUGUACAUGCCUCAUAAGAGGGCAAAAGUAAUAACAGUAUCACUUAAAAUGCCUUUUACUUUGUGCAAUAUCAUAGAAAUCAAGAUUGUGUCUUGUCUUCAGAGUUUAUAUAAUGGAUUAUUGUUAAGUUAAUGGACAGACUGGUAAAAUUCUAUUUAUUGAAAUAAUUUAGACACCUGUCUACCAGCAGCAAAUAAAUACUACUUACAUGCAGUCUACAAUAUCCCCUAGGAUAUUAAACAAAAAUACAUAACCAUUUUCCUGAUACUGUGAGAUGCGCUCACACAUUCUUGUAUGCAUAGUCCUAUAUAAAUUAUUUCAAAUUUUAAAAUCAAGGACAUGACGCAUGGAAGGUUUGUACAUACUUGUCAUUAUGCAGUAUUUAUUUUAAAAAAAUUAAUGUAUUUUUUUUAAUUUUCACACGUCUGCAACUCUACUUAUGGUUUAGUCAUGUAAAUAGCACUAUUCCAGUGAUCACUGCUGUCUUGUAUAUAGUACGUUUUAAAAAGUUAAAAGGAAUUACAGUUGGGGGGAAAAAAAAAAAAGGGCAGAUUAGGCCUGUAAUGAACACCAACUAAUGUAAAUCAAAACUCAUUCUGGUGAUGGUA